UUUUCCUGUUAAACGGUUACUUCAAAAACCAUCUCCACCUUCUUUAAAUCCAUCAACCAAUUUCUUUCUAAUCUAAUUAUUAUAUGCUUUGAACAAAAAUCGAAUCUCAUUUCUUUAUUAGUUUACAUAAUUUUGUUUUUCAAGAGGUAAAAUGAAGAAGCAAAAAUGUAUCCAGGAAGAUGCUGAAACCCAGAUCAACCCUUUUGAUUUUCUUUCAGAAGAAAUCGUUUUCUUAAUCUUAGAUUGCCUCCAAACAAACCCAUUUGAUCGAAAAUCAUUCUCUUUGGUUUCCAAAUCAUUCUAUUCAAUUGAAUCUCGUCAUCGCAAAACCUUAAAGCCCUUUCCUCGUACUACCAAUGAUCAUCAUCAUGAUCAAUUAAAAAAGCUGUUAAAUCGAUACCCAUUUGUAACCCACCUCGAUCUUUCCCUCUGCCCUCGAAUCCCGGAUAGUAGUUUAUCAUACAUAUCGAAUUCUUGCGGAAAAGCCUUGAAAUCCAUCAAUCUUUCUAGGUCUAAUUUCUUUACCCAUGUGGGUUUGUCAUGUUUGGUUUCCAACUGUGUUAAUUUGGUGGAUAUUGAUCUCUCAAAUGCUGUGCAUUUGAAUGACACUGCAGCCGCGGCUAUUGCGAGUUGUCGGAGUUUGGAGAGGUUGUGUUUAACUAGGUGCAAGUCUUUGACUGAUAUUGGAAUUGCGUGUAUUGCAGUUGGGUGUUUAAAAUUGAGGGUUUUGAAUUUGAAAUGGUGUUUAGGUGUUAGUGAUUUAGGGGUGGCUUUGAUUGCUGUUAAGUGCAAGCAGAUUAGAAGCUUGGAUCUUUCUCACUUGCUGAUCACGGAGAAAUGCUUGCCUUUGCUAUUGAAGUUGCAAUAUCUUAAAGUUUUGGUUUUAGAAGGAUGUUGUGGGAUUGGUGAUGAAAGUCUUGUGUCCCUCAAACAAGGGUGGAAGUCACUGAAGACGUUGAAUAUGUCGUAUUGUGAGAAUGUUUCUCAUGUGGGAUUGUCUUCACUAACCAGCAGCACCACUUGUCUUCAGAAUCUUAGCUUAGCAUACGGGCCAACGGUAACUCUUGCUGUUUCUGAAAGUCUGCAAAAGCUUUCCCAAUUGCAAUCGAUCCGGUUAGAUGGUUGCCAUGUUACAUGUUCUGGACUCAAGGGCAUUGGAAACUCGUGUGUUUCGCUCAAGGAACUAAGCUUAAGUAAGUGCUCGGGUGUGACAGAUGAUGGUCUUUCAUCUGUUGUGAUGAAACAAACAGAAUUGAAAAGGCUAGACAUCACAUGUUGUAGAAAGAUAACUCAAGCUUCGAUUGCCCAUCUCACAAAAUCAUGUGGGUCCCUCGUUUCUCUCAAGAUGGAGUCGUGUACCCUUGUUCCUUCAGGAGCUUUUGUUUUGAUAGGGCAACAUUGUCGUUUUCUUGAGGAGCUUGACCUUACUGAUAAUGAUGUCGAUGAUGAAGGCCUAAAAUCAAUCUCAAGAUGUUCCCAACUCUCUGUCUUGAAGCUUGGGAUAUGCCUGAAUAUAAGCGAUGAGGGGCUUAUUUUUAUUGGAAAUGGAUGCCCGAAACUUAUAGAGCUCGAUUUAUACAGAUCAGUUGGAAUUAAAGAUGCGGGCAUUUCUGCAGUUGCUCAUGGUUGCCCUUCCCUUGAAAUGAUCAACAUUUCUUACUGUGGAAACAUCACCGAUAGCUCCUUGAUCUCGUUGUCAAACUGUUCAAAGCUAAAUACCCUUGAAAGCCGAGGAUGCCCUCUUAUUACGUCUGUAGGACUAAAAGCCAUUGCCAUUAGAUGCAAGCAACUCACGAAGCUAGACAUCAAGAAAUGCUUCAAUGUAGACGACUCUGCAUUAAUCCCACUUGCUCAUUCUUCACAAAAUCUCAGACAGAUAAAUUUGUCGUAUAGUUCAGUGACGGAUGUUGGAGUGUUAUGCCUUGCUAGAGUGGGGUGUUUGCAAAGCUUGACGAUCCUUCACAUGGAGGGUUUGAGUGGAAGCGGACUUGCAGUUGCGCUGUUGGGAUGUGGAGGGCUGACGAAAGUGAAGCUACAAUCGUCAUUUAGAAGUUUGGUGCCAAGAUUGGUGAUCGAGCAUGUAGAAGCUCGUGGUUGCGUUUUUCAAUGGAGAGAUAAAGUGUUUGAGGCUGAAUUGGAUCCAAAAUGUUGGAAACUACAAGCACAAGACAUUGAAUUUUGAUUCAUAGACUGUUAGGUUCUUAUUGUUAUGCAUAAUAAAAGGUAUUUGUCUCUGGUUUUCUUUUAUUUGA